AUGUAUCAUCCGGAUCCCAGGGAUUGUCGUUAUUUUUUACAAUGCAGUAAUGGUGUGGCCUAUAGGCAGCCAUGUGCUCCGGGAACCUAUUGGAGCCAGUAUUAUUUAACUUGUAUUCGUACAUCGCAGCAUUGUGGACAAGGAGAUGGUAGUAGUGCAUCAAGCACCUCCUCAGGAUUACCUACAAGUUCUACUACCAGCUCUACCUCCACCACCGAAAUUUCUUCAACGGAAAGUUCUUCCACGACAAGCUCUACUACAGGGUCCUCUACAGUGACAGGCUCCUCUACAACGAAAAGUACUACCCAGGGAACUUCUAACCCUCCAGCUUCAAAUAUCUGCAUUAAUGGUCAAAUAUAUUAUCCCGAUAUUGAAGAUUGCCGCUAUUUUCUUCAAUGUGUAAAUGGUGUACCCUAUCGGCUAUCCUGUCCUCUCGGAACCUAUUGGAAUCAAGAGGUGUUAAGUUGCAUACAUUCCUCAGAGCAUUGUGGAAAUUCCAGUACAGUAACGACAUCUACGACUUCAAACCCCACAACCAAAACAACAUCAACUCCUAUACCGACUUCAACUUCUUCUUCCGCUCCCACCUCGACCACUUCAAACACAACUUCCCCAACAACCCAAACAACCACCACGGAACCCACAGACUCCACCACCUCUGCACAAGCCAAUACAACAACCACUGAAAUCUCUCAAACCACAACAACUACCCCAAGCACUCCUUGCGAUGAUUGUGCCGAACUUCAAGCCGAUCCGCAUGAUUGUCAAUAUUAUUUGGAAUGCCGUGAAGGAGAAAUCGAGAGAAUAAAAUGUCCUGCGGAUUUAUAUUUUCAUCAACAAAUUCAGGCAUGCAUUGUGGGUGAAGAACAUUGUCUAAGUCCUGCCGUACCAACUUCUAGCCCCAAGAUUUGCCCUAGCAAAGAGUUGUCAUAUCAUGCGGAUCCGGAGAAUUGUCGGAAUUAUAUACAAUGCCUCAAUGGAGUGGCAACAAUUAAAAAAUGUCUACCCUUUACCUAUUGGAAUGAAACGCUGGAGGCCUGUAUCGUAGGAAAGUGUGGGAAUGCUACAAAUGGUGUAACAACGUCCUUAAGUGUAAUGACGUCCAGAAAUAUGACAUGUCUCAAUGAUCAGGUGUAUUAUUCUGAUCCUGACAACUGUCAUGACUAUUUCCGUUGCGAUAGUGGGCGAUAUUUCCCAAAAACUUGUGGUGAUCUGUAUUGGUCUCAGGAUAUUUCCAAGUGUACCACUUCUCUGGAACAUUGCAACCUUCGAUAUUUGGCAGCAACAAACGAAGUAACGAAAAAUACAACAAACAAUUGCUUUGGUAUCGAACAGUUCCAUGGUGUUGCAAAUAAUACGAAAAAUUUCCAACAAUGUUGGCAUAAUCGAAUUUAUAAUCUAUCCUGUCCAGGUCACUUCGUUUGGGAUAGUGGAAAAGGUAAUUGCAGGAAAUUGGAAUGUGUGGAUGGGUCGGAAACUACCAGCACCACUAAAGGACCUACCGAGACAACCACAGAAACUUCGAAAGAAACAACCACCACGGAGGAGAAACCCACAACAACUAAUAAGCCCGAUACUACCGAGACAACCACAGAAACUUCGAAAGAAACGACAACUACAGAAUUUACGGAGAUUACCACGACAAGUACAAAUUCCGAAAAUACCGAGACAACCACAACAACUAAUAAACCCGAUACUACCGAGACAACCACAGAGACUUCGAGAGAAACAACAACCACGGAAGCUACUGAAAUUCCUACGACAAGUACAAAUUCCGAAACUACCGAGACAACCACAGCAACUUCAGUAAACACAACACCCACUGAAGCAUCUGACAACACAACAACCACUGAUGAACCUCAAACGACCAAACCAGUAACGGAUACCACCGAUAUCACCACGACAUCGCAAUCGGAAAUCUCAACCACCACUACCCUAGAUCCGGAAUCAACAACGACGCCACCCAAGUUUUGUGGCGAUGAAAUCUCCUUCCACCCUGAUCCCAAUAAUUGUCGAAAUUUUAUUCAAUGCUUCAAUGGAAUACCAAUUAUUCUGUCAUGUCCACCCCUUACCUAUUGGAAUAAAGAUGAGGCGAAAUGUCAACCAGGUACGUGUGAAAAUAGUUCCUCAUUGGAAACCACCACAAAUGGUCUGGAUCCAAAUAGAGAGCAGACAACAGUAACGACUAAAGAUAAUACCGAGAGUACCGUGACAUCAUUUGAAACCACUACCGAGAAAUCGGAGCAAGGAAGCACCAGUGAUACCACAGAAUCUGUAACUAACUAUACAACUGAUUCAACCCAAAGUCAGGGAGAUGAAACUUCGCAAACUACCGGAAAUUCUUUGGAGACUACCACCGAAAAGAAUACCGAGAGUACCGCGACAUCGUUUGAAACCACGACGGAACAAUCGGAGCAAGGAAGCACCAGUGAUACCACAGAAUCAGCAACUAACUAUACAACAGAUUCAACCCAAAGUCAGGGAGAUGAAUCUUCAGAAACUACCGGAAAUUCUUUGGAGACUACCACCGAAAAGAAUACCGAGAGUACCGUGACAUCGUUUGAAACCACUACGGAAACAUCGGAGCGAGGAAGCACCAGCGAUGCCACAGAAUCAGUAACUAACUAUACAAGUGAUUCAACCCAAAGUCAGGGAGAUGAAACUUCGCAAACUACCGAAAAUAAUUUAGAAACUAAAACUGCGGAGAAUACCGAGAGUACCGUGACAUCGUUUGAAACCACGACGGAACAAUCGGAGCAAGGAAGCACAAGUGAUACCACAGAAUCUGUGACUAACCAUACUACUGGAAAUCCUUUGGAGACAAGCACCGAAAAGAAUACCGAGAGUACCGUCACAUCAUUUGAAACCACUACGGAAACAUCGGAGCAAGAAAGCACCAGUGAGACCACAAUAUAUGUAACUAACUAUCCUAGCGAUACAACCCAACAUCAUGAAGAUCCCUCUUCACAAACUACGGAAAAUACUUCAGAGACUACCACAGAAGAGACUACAGAGAGUACCGUGACAUCGUUUGAAACCACUACGGAACAAUCGGAGCAAGAAAGCACCAGUGAUACCACGGAAUCAGUAACUAACCAUACUACUGGAAAUCCUUUGGAGACUACCACUGAAGAGACUACCGGGAGUACCGUUACAUUGUUUGAAACCACUACGGAAACAUCGGAGCAAGAAAGCACCAGUGAGACCACAGAGUCAGCAACUAACUAUACAAGUGAUUCAACCCAAAGUCAGGGAGAUGAAUCUUCAGAAACUACGGGAAACACUUUGGAGACUACAACUGCGGAGAAUACCGAGAGUACCGUGACAUCGUUUGAAACCACCACUGAAAAAUCGGAGCGAGGAAGCACCAGCGAUGCCACAGAAUCAACAACUAACUAUGCUAGUGAAACAACCUUAAGUCAGGGAGAUGAAACUUCGCAAACUACUGGAAAUACUUUGGAGACUACCGCUGAGGAGAAUACCGAUAGUACCGCGACAUCGUUUGAAACCACCACGGAACAAUCGGAUCAAGAAAGCACCAGUGAUAUCACAGAAUCAUCAACUAACUAUACAACUGAUUCAACCCAAAGUCAGGGUGAUGAAACUUCGCAUACUACCGGAAAUACUUUGGAGACUACCACUGAGGAAAAUACCGAUAGUACCGUGACAUCGUUUGAAACCACUACGGAACAAUCGGAGCAAGGAAGCACCAGUGAUACCACACAAUCAUUAACUAACCAUACUACUGGAAAUCCUUUGGAGACAACCACCGAAAAGAAUACCGAGAGUACCGUGACGAAAACAUCAGAGCGAGGAAGCACCAGCAAUGCCACAGAAUCAGUAACUAGCUAUACAAGUGAUUCAACCCAAAGUCAGGGAGAUGAAGCUUCGCAAACUACCGGAAACAAUUUGGAAACUACAACUGCGGGGAAUACCGAGAGUACCGUGACAUCUUUUGAAACCACUACCGAAAAAUCGGAGCAAGGAAGCACUAGUGAUACCACAGAAUCUGUAACUAACUAUCCUAGUGAUUCGACCCAACAUCAGGAAGAUCCAUCUUUACAAUCUACGGGAAAUACUUUGGAGACUACCACCGAAAAGAAUGCCGAGAGUACUGUGACAUCGUUUGAAACCACGACGGAAAAAUCGGAGCGAGGGAGCACCAGUGAUACUACAGAAUCAGUAACUAACCAUACUACUGGAAAUCCUUUGGUGACAACCACCGAAAAUAAUACCGAGAGUACCGUGACAUCGUUUGAAACCACUACGGAAACAUCGGAGCAAGAAAGCACCAGUGAUACCACAGAAUCAUCAACUAACUAUACAACUGAUUCAACCCAAAGUCAGGGAGAUGAAACUUCGCAUACUACCGGAAAUACUUUGGAGACUACCACUGAUGAGAAUACCGAUAGUACCGUGACAUCGUUUGAAACCACUACGGAACAAUCGGAGCAAGGAAGCACCAGUGAUACCAUAGAAUCAUCAACUAACUAUACAACUGAUUCAACCCAAAGUCAGGAAGAUGAAACUUCGCAUACUACCGGAAAUACUUUGGAGACUACCACCGAAAAGAAUACCGAGAGUACCGUGACAUCGUUUGAAACCACUACGGAACAAUCGGAGCAAGGAAGCAACAGUGAUACCACAGAAUCAGCAACUAACUCUACAACUGAUUCAACCCAACAUCAGGAAGAUCCAUCUUCUCAAACUACGGGAAAUACUUUGGAAACUACCACUGAAGAUAAUAUCGAGAGUACCGUGACAUCGUUUGAAACCUCUAGGGAACAAUCGGAGCAAGAAAGCACCAGUGAGAUCACAGAAACGGAAGCAACAACACCUGAAAAUCUCGCAUCGGGAACGACAAAUUCCACGGAAUCGAUAACAGAUUUUCCAACUGACAAGAAUUCCGAUUCUACAACACAAAAUUCAGAUCAUGGAUCUUCUCCUCCAACCACAACAACCGAAAUUUUCUUAGGAAUUAAAAAAGAACCCGAAUCAUCAAAUACCACGGAGGCGAACAACUUUUCUGAAACGACUACCAACAGUUCGGACUAUACAAUAACGGAAGCAACAACACCUGAAAAUCCCGUCUACGAAUCCACAAAUUCCACGGAACCAUUGACUGAUUUGCAAACUGAGACGAAUUCCGCAACUACAAUUCAGAAUUUAGGUGAUAAAUAUUCUCCAACUCCAACAAACGAAACCUCUUUAGGAACUACGGUAUCCGAACCUUCAAAUACCACGGAGACAAAUAACUUUUCAGAAACUUCAGCCAACAAUUCGGUUACAACACCUGAAAAUAUUGAAUCGGAAAUGACAAAUUCUACGGAAGCGGUGACUAAUUUGCAAACUGAGAAGAAUUCCGAAAGCGAUUCUCAUUUAACUGAGCAGAGUAACUCCCAAAGAAUAACUACCUAUAGUUCGGUAACUGGAUCUUCAGACUACACAGAAACAGAAGUAACCGAUUCUCAAAAGGAAUCCGCAAAUUCCACAGUAGCUGUAACUGAUUCCCAAACUGUCAUGAAUUCGGAAACAACACUCAAUCACGUAUACAAACCUUCUGAUACUGCGAAAGAGGAUUCGCAAACCGAUAGCAAUUCUCAUUCAACAGAACCGGAUAACUCCACAGAAGCAAUAACCCAUAAUUCGAAAACCGUAGGGACAGAAGUAACCGAUUCUCCAGCAGAAGCUGUAACCGAUUCCCAAAUUGAUACUUCGAAACAAACCGAUAGCGAUAUAUAUUUAACUGAAGCGAAUAACUCUUUAGGAACAACUACCAAUAAUUCGGUAACUGCAACUUUAGGCUCAGCGGAAGCAGAAGUAGCCGAUUCUGAAAGUGAAAAAGCAACAAAUGAUAUCGAAUAUCAAUCUCCAAAUUCCACGGAAGUUGUAACAGAUUCUCAAAAUCAAACUUCAGAUACCACGAAAUCAGAUCCCUUAACCGAUAACAAUUCACAUGCAACAGAUUGGAAUAACUCUACAGGAGGUAUCGAAUAUCAAUCUCCAAAUUCCACAGAAGCUGUAACAGAUUCUCAAAAUGAAUCUUCAGAUACGACGAAAUCAUAUUUCUUAACCGAUAGCAAUUCACAUGCAACAGAUCGGAAUAACUCAACAGGAGCAAAUACCAACAAUUCAGUACCCGAUUAUCAUACUGAAUACAAUACGGAAGAGGUAAAUGUUACUCAAAUCGGCAACAGAUCGGAAAUAGCUGACAAUUUUACAUCGGCAACUCAAAGACCGAAUAACUCUACAGGAGCAAAUACCAACAAUUCAGUACCCGAUUAUCAAACUGUAUACAAUGCGGAAGAGGUAUAUUAUACUCAAACCGGCAACAGCUCGGAAACAGCUUACAAUUUUACAUCGGAACCUUCCACAGAAGCUGAUUUCCAAAUUAUUUCCCGCAAAUUGAACUCGGAUGAAAUACCACAAAUCGAGGGAGAUGACAUGGUGCCCACUGCAAUUAAAGAGGGCAAAUCUUCAAAAAAUGUAAUGAGACCAAAUCUUAGCGGAAAAUCAGCACCCGAAUUAAUAUGUUCCGAGGCUAGCGGUAUAUUUUUACCCGAUCCCAAUAACUGUAGGAAUUAUAUACAAUGUAAUGGUGAGGGAAAGUUCGUAAUCAAUACUUGUCCCGCCAAUACCUAUUGGAAUGAAUUCGUAAAUGCAUGUAUAAUGGGUGAAUGUGAAAUGUCGGAUGAUCAAAUGUAA